UCCAAAGUCUUCACAGCUGAAGAGGUCGCCCAACACAACACCAGAGAUGACUUGUAUAUCGUCUACAAAGGUAAAGUGUACGACUGCAGCCAAUACUUGGACGAACAUCCAGGAGGAGAAGAGGUGAUCAUGGACUGCGCCGGAACCGAUGCUACAGAACCAUUCGAAGAUAUUGGACAUUCGGAAGACGCCCACGAGAUAUUGGCUAGCCUUGAAGUGGGAGAGCUC